GAUGACAUCACCAUUAAUAGAAGAUUCACACACCACAAAAGCAGCGGAUGCACUCGGGUACUUCAUAUGGCAACGUCCUGGAGAUAUACUCCCUGGGAAACACUAGUCCUGAAGGGACGUGUUGGCUGUCUCCUAACCCUGAUCUGAGGAAGGAAUGCGUGCUAAAAGGAGAAUGCUAAUGUUGCUUUCCUGCCUCUUCCUGCUGCUGAUGGCUAAGAUCUACUUCAGGGGCCUCCAGGAAGAAGAACUUCAGCUCUCAGACUGGUUUAACCCCAGGAAACGUCUGGAUGUCAUCACCACCACAAACUGGCUGGCACCAGUCGUAUGGGAAGGCACCUUCGACAGAGUGGCCCUGGAGAAAUAUUACAGAAAGUGGAACAUCACCGUGGGCUUGGCUGUGUUUGCUAUUGGCCGCCUCACUGACCAGUAUCUGGACCCAUUCUUGCAAUCUGCCAGCAAGUUCUUCAUGCCUGGGUACCGUGUGAUCUUCUACAUCAUGGUGGAUAGACACAUACAGCUACCUGAAGUGGACUACAACCCUCUGCAAUCCUUUCAAAUACACACCAUAGGUGAGGAGAGAUGGUGGACCAACUUGGACCUCAUCCGAAUGAAAAUCCUGGCAGAGCACAUCCAGGAGCAUAUCAGAUAUGAGGUGGACUUCCUCUUCAGCAUGAGUGCCAACCUGGUCUUCCAGAGCGAGUUUGGGGUGGAGACCCUGAGCACGUCUGUAGCCCAGCUCCAUGCUUGGUGGUAUUUCCAGAAGACAAGUUAUCUCCCCUAUGAGAGGAGACCUAUGUCAGCAGCCUACAUUCCCUUUGGCCUGGGGGACUUUUAUUACUCAGGCACCAUUAUAGGGGGAGUGCCCUUUCAGGUUCUGGACGUUGCUCAGGAAUAUUUGAAAGGUGUUGUUUGGGAUGCAGAAAAUGGACUUAAUAGCACCUAUGAAAAAUACCUCAACAAAUAUUUUUUCCUCAAAAAACCCACCAAACUCCUAUCCCCAGAGUACUGCUGGGACCCCACCUUCAACACCCCUCAGCAAGUGUGGUACAUGAAAAUUGCUCAGUAUCCCACAGACAGCUUAUGACACACCAGUUUUUAUGAGCUGAAGAACAAACCACAGUAAUUCCUUAUAGACACAGGAUGUCUUUUUAAAAAUACACACUUCAGAGGCAUGAUAAUGCAUACUCUUUCCAAAUCAACUGUUCUUUCUUGCAAUUUUGAAUCAACCAAUUUAACUGAAACUAGGAUGAAUAAAAGGUGAUAUUUUGUGUACAUACACAUAAUGCUGUUAGCUCUGUGUUGGAGGCAACAUGAGAUUAUUGAGACAUGCAGUCUAUUUUAUUUAAAAUGCAGGAAGACUUUGGGUUACAAAUAAAAAUCCCCAAAAUGAAAAAUACUUUAAUAUUAAUAUACAGAAGGAAAAAGAAUA